UCUGAGGAGAGAAUGUUCCAGACUAAAGCCGAGGUCCUGAGAGCCUCCUUCCUGGCUUUCCUGAUGAGUCUCCCAGGAUCUGGGGCCGUCAAAGCGGACCACGUAGCAAUGUAUGACAUCUUUGCACAGACACAGAAACCGUCGGGUGACUGCAUGUACGCGUUUGACGGCGAUGAGCUGUUCUAUGUGGAUCCUGACAGGGAGGAGACGGUCUGGGGCCUGCCAGAGUUCAGCACAGUCUACGCCUUUGACGCCCAGGAGGCUCUGCCCUACAUCAUCAGCCUGAAGAACAAUCUCAGAGCCUUCAUCCAGAGACACAACGUCACCCAGGUCCCCAGUGAGCCUCCCGAGGUGGCUGUGUUCCCCAAGAACCCAGUGGAGCUGGGCCAGCCCAACGUCCUCAUCUGCCACGUCGACAGGUUCUUCCCUCCAGUGCUCAACGUCACAUGGCUUCGUAACGGGCAGCGGGUCACUGAAGGGACGUCUGAGACAGUCUUUCUGCCCAGCACAGAACUCAGAUUCCACAAGUUCCACUACCUGACCUUCAUUCCCACCGCCGAGGAUGUGUAUGACUGCAAGGUGGAGCAUUGGGGUCUGGGCAAGCCGAGCCUCAGCCACUGGGAAGUGCAGGAGGCCGUCCAGGUGACGGAGACAAUGGAGACUGCGGUCUGCGCCCUGGGCCUGGUGGUGGGGCUGGUGGGCAUCAUCAUUGGCAGUGUGCUCAUCAUAAAGGCUCUGUACUCCAGCCAUGAGCCCCCAACCCAGGGACUCCUGUGA